AUGGCCUUUGCGAUCCGCUACAAGGUGGAAUCGUUCUACAGCGAAACAAAACCCCGUUCCAUCAGGACGACAAAAGGGUACUUUCUCAAGGAUGACCCCAUGUGCUUCGACGCGGAUUUCUUCUCAAUCACGGCUCCAGAAGCUGCCCGGAUGGAUCCUCAGCAGCGUCAACUCCUAGAAGUUGUCUGGGAGUGCCUUGAAAGUGCCGGGGAAACCAAUUGGCGCGGAAAAGAGAUCGGGUGCUUCAUCGGCGUCUACGGAGAAGACUGGCUCGAAUUGGCUAGCAAAGAUUCACAAGCGAUCGAUAGGUACCACGUCCUGGGGACAGGGCAGUUUGCAUUAUCGAAUCGAGUGUCUUAUGAAUAUGACUUCCAGGGGCCAAGUGUGACACUACAGACAGGAUGCUCUUCGUCAAUGGUUGGUCUCCACGAAGCUUGCCAAGCUCUCUAUUCAGGAGAGUGUGAUUCUGCUAUUGUGGGUGGGACGAAUUUGAUAUUUGCUCCGACCAUGACGAAAACAAUGUCCGAAAAUAUGGUCCUUUCUCCAAGUGGGGCCUGCAGGACUUUCGACGAGAAGGCCGACGGAUACGGCAGAGGAGAAGCCGUCAAUGCCAUUUACAUCAAGCGCUUGGAUGAUGCCAUAAGAAACAACGACCCUGUGAGGGCGAUUAUCCGAUCGACGACAACCAACUGCGAUGGAAGAACACCAAGCAUCACCACUCCGGGCUCUCAUACUCAGGAGCGCCUCGUUCGGAAGGCUUAUCAGAAGGCCGGUAUUCAAGAUAUCAGCCAAACUGGGUUUUUCGAAUGCCAUGGUACAGGUACAAUUAUUGGUGACACCGCCGAGACUGCGGCGGUUGCGAAACUCUUUCAAGACAAGGGAAUAAUUAUCGGAUCUGUCAAACCGAAUGUGGGCCAUUCAGAGGGGGCGUCGGGUCUAACCAGUAUCAUAAAAGCAGCCUUAUGUCUAGAACAUGCCCUGAUUCCACCGAACAUUUUCUUUGAGUCUCCAAACUCCAAGAUUCCUUUCAAAGAGGCCGGAUUGCAAGUCCCCAUCGAUGCCACUCCGUGGCCAAACGAUCGUCUGGAGCGUAUCAGCAUCAACUGCUUCGGAAUCGGCGGGUCAAACGCACAUGUGGUGAUGGAUUCAGCUGAUUUGCAUCGUGCAAGGCGACCACUCGCAAAAUACGCCAAAUCUUCUGCUUGCGAUGGUCAUCGCUCGCUUCUUCUCGUCGUUUCUGGUAAGAGCUCGGAAGCUCUGCAAGAACGCAUUCAACAGAUUACGACGUAUGCGAACGACAAUGCAAAUGCCCUCAAUGACCUGGCCUAUACUCUGAGUUCACGUCGGGAGCAUUUGCCACAUCGUGCAUUUGCUGUAGCCCAGCUGAACAAACCACUUGAUGCUUCGGCAUUCCAAAAAGGGCAACUGAAACCAACCAAACUCACUUUCGUUUUCACCGGGCAAGGUGCUCAGUGGGCCGGAAUGGGGAAAGAAUUAAUGGAAACGUUUCCAAGCUUCAAACAAGACAUGAAAGUUCUGGAUGGUUUCCUUCAAGACAUUGUAAACCCUCCUUCGUGGUCCUUGCAAGAUGAGCUUUCCAAGACAGGUAGCGACAGUCGAGUGAAUAUCGCUGAAUUUGCUCAACCACUUUGCACCGCACUUCAAAUUGGUCUUGUCAAUCUCCUGCGCCGUAUGGGAAUCCGGCCUUCGUGUGUCCUGGGACAUUCAAGUGGAGAAAUUGCGGCCGCCUAUGCGUCAGGUGCCGUCGCUGCCAGAUCCGCACUUCUUAUUGCGUAUUAUCGGGGACAGGCAACAAAAGUUCAGGAUGGCGAGGGCGCAAUGGUAGCCGUAGGCAUCGGCCGCAAAGAAAUAUUACCUCUCCUGACAGACGGCGCUGUUCUUGCCUGCGAAAAUAGCCCCGAGAGCGUGACUAUUUCAGGAGACGUUGACGCAAUCCGCCGCGUAACGCAAAAGGUGAAGGAAGACUUCCCUGACGCCCUUUGCAGAACGUUGAAGGUGAAAACAGCGUACCAUUCGCACCAUAUGUUCAAGCCAGGACAGGCCUAUGAGGCCAGCCUCUCGACUUGCAUCGAGUUCAAUGAAGAGAUGGUGCCUUUGUUCUCGAGUGUGAAUUCGGAGAAAAUCCAAAAUCCAGCAGACCUGAACGCAGCAUAUUGGCGGAAGAACCUUGAAUCACCGGUCCUUUUUCUGGGUGCCGUACAAAAUGUUCUUGCAGACACAGACGAGGAAACUGUUGGGGGCUUCCUGGAAGUAGGACCGCAUUCCACAUUUGCAGGCCCUUUACGGCAAAUUUUCAAGUCAAAAACGCUGAAAAAAGACCCCGUUUACAUCCCAACCUUGACACGAUAUCACGAGAACGCUAAAUUACAAAUAUUGAGUACACUUGGUUGUGCCCACCUGUGCGGCUUUGAUAUAGACUUCGUUGCAGCAAAUGGCACCGGAAACGUUCUCACAAAUCUUCCCUCGUAUCCAUGGCAACACGCUACCAGACAUUGGCGUGAGAGCCGUAUGGGUCGGCAAUGGAGAUGUCCACAGUGGCCCCAUCACGAACUUUUGGGUGCUCGAAUUGUCGAAUCGUCCGAUCUGGAGCCCUCGUGGAGAAACCUUCUUCACUUGGAAGACGUCCCAUGGAUAUGGGACCAUGUUUUACAGGAUAACAUCAUCUUUCCCGCGGCUGGGUAUAUUGCAAUGGCCGGCGAAGCAGUUUGCCAGCUCCAUCCUGAUGCAACGGAUUACUCAAUCCAAAAUUUGUCCCUGAGGUCUCCUCUUCUCUUGCGAGAUGAACAGGCCAUUGAAGUCGUCACCUCACUACGGACCAUCAAGUGGAAUGACUAUGCCGAUUCAGAUUGGUAUGAAUUCAAAAUCUUGGCUUACGAUGGUCAGGAUUGGACGACACACUGCCAAGGAAAAUUGCGAUCACAUUUCGAUCAUCCGCCUUCUGCUCUGGGACACAAGCACACACGCAAGCUUCGUAAGGUCGACUCUGACUCCUGGUACUACGCACUCAGGAAACAAGGCCUCAAUUACGGAUCAAGUUUCAGAAGAUUAAAUGACAUAUCCGCGGAUCCUGUCAAGUUCGAGGCCCAUGCAACCGUCAGCAAUAAAGGCAAUGGGUGCCCCAGCCGAUAUACGAUUCAUCCCACUGUCAUCGAUCAGUGCCUCCAACUGAUGAGCGUUGCCACUACUAACGGAGUCGCACGCCGGAUCGAUCGGCUUGCUAUCCCCGCCUCUGUCGGCCAUAUCUACAUUGCAGGCGAGACAUCUGACAUGAGCCUGGAAGUCAAUCUCAGCAAGUAUCAGGUGGGCCCAUUUGCCGGCAAUGCAUCUGUCGUUGGGGAAGGUAAAACGCUCUUGUUGAUCAAUGAGGCAGCGUUCUUCAGUGUACAGGACCCUUCGUCGAAUGAGUUCAGCAUACCUCUCACGGCUGAAAUCAGGUGGAUGCCGGACCCCGAUCUGACACCAUCCAAGAUCUGGAUGCCUACACCGAUUAGCUCCGGCACAGAAUUUGAAAUAUCGAAAGAUUUGGGGAGAGUGAGUUGUAUUUAUGUCCUUGAGACUGCUGGAUUAAUGGCUCAACUCGAACCAAAAAAUACCCACAUUGCCAAAUUUAGGCUAUGGGUUAUUGCUGAGGCUUCGAAGCUGCAGUCCGGUGCCAAUAGUAUGUUUCCGGAGUCUAAAGACUGGAUCUUGAUGACUUCACAAGAGAGACGCAGCGUCAUACAGAAUCUCUCUCUGAAAUGGAAGGAUGAAGAAGCAUUUACCGCAAUGGCUGAAUGUUUACAAGUUGUCUGGGAGAAUGUCCUAGAUUUUUCGACUGGUUCCAAAUCAGCUCUUGAUGUUUUGAUGGAAAACGAUAGACUCGCGGCGCUAUACAGGGCUGCGGAUCAUUCUUUUAUUUGGGGAUAUCUUUUCCAGCUCCUGGGGCACGCCAAUCCCAGACUUCGUGUUCUGGAAAUUGGCGCCGGUACCGGAGGGACAACCCAGAAAGUUUUAAGCUAUCUCAAAUCGAAAGAUGGGGUUUGUCUUUACUCCAAGUAUGUUUUCAGUGAUAUUUCUCCAGGAUUCACUGUUGCUGCCCAAGAGAAGUUUUCGGGUCAUUCGAAUAUCGAAUUCAAGGUCCUUGACAUCUCUCAGGACCCUCAAGAGCAGGAAUUCGAACCUCACUCAUUUGAUUUGGUGAUCGCAUCAAAUGUGCUUCAUGCUACUCCGUCCUUGCAAGAUACUUUGCGAAAUGUGCACAAACUCCUCUCGCCCAAUGGAAAGAUUGUUCUUCAUGAACUCCAUCCGCAGACAUUGACGACAAGUUACGUGAUGGGCACGCUCCCCGGAUGGUGGAUAGGAGACAAAGACAAUCGAUCCAAUGAGCCAUUUGUUUCACCGGAAAGAUGGGACCGCGAGCUUCGAAAUGCUGGCUUCAACGGAAGUGAAGCGUAUGGUUAUGAUGGUGCACAGCCUUUCCAAUAUAACUUCCUCAUGAUGUCGAGCGUCUCGAAUGUGCCGCCCAAAAGCGAAGUGCUUAUUGUCACCGGCACCACCCCGCAUCCCUGGGCUCUCGAAUUUGCUUCUCAUCUUCAAAAGAUUGGCCACCUUGUGGAAUUUGCUACGCUAGACGAUGAACCGCCUGCUGACCGAGAUAUCUUUUUCUUGCUGGACCUGGAUGACGCUUUCUUAUACGAAAUAUCAGAAACGCAAUUUUUGGGUCUUCAAAGCUAUAUUCACAAAAUCAAAACCCAGGUGAUCUGGGUGACACCUUCUUCACAGCUAACAUGCAAAGACCCGCGCUAUGGUGUCGUCUUUGGCUUCGCCCGAACUCUCAGCAAAGAGAUUGGUCUUGAUUUUUGCAUUUUUGAAAGUGACCUUUUUGACGCUACCGCUGUCCAGUCCUUGGGUAAGGUCUACGGAAAGAUCAAAAAGGCAAGAGCCCUUCAGGACACCGACCUUGAGUACGAAUUCUCCCAUAGCAAUGGUGCUGUCUACGUUGGCCGGUGCCACUGGGUCCCUCCGAGUGACAGCCCAAAAGCGGACUCUGCGAGAGAGAAGAUGGUGAAGAAGCUUGAUAUCAGGAAUUAUGGUUCACUCGAUUCUCUUUAUUGGGCUACGGCUCCCAAACAAAGUCCUACCAGGGGCCAACUUGAGGUUGAAAUCAGGUAUAUUGGACUCAAUUUCAGAGAUAUCCUGAUCUCUCUUGGCCUUGUGGGUGAUAAGGAGCAAUUUGGGUUGGAAGCUAGCGGUAUUGUUCGUGAUGUAGGGGCCGGCGUGACCGACUUCUCCGUAGGAGAUGAAGUUAUUAUCAUUUCCUCUGGGAACCUACAAUCGCGAGUUAUUGUGGAUGAGGCUUGCUGCCUAAAAAUCCCAAGCGGCAUUUCUUUGGAGCAGGCUGCAACAUUGCCAGUGGUAUUUUCCACUGCCAUCUAUUCUUUGGUUGAGCUAGGCUCCUUAAAAAGAGGCCAGUCCGCUCUGAUUCAUUCUGCCUGUGGAGGUGUUGGCCUUGCAUCCCUUCAAGUCUGCCAGCACAUGGGAGUCGAGAUUUUCGCAACAGUAGGAAACGAAGAAAAAGUUGAAUUCUUGAUGAAACACUUCGGUAUUCCCAGAAAGCGGAUUUUCAACUCAAGGAAUUCAGAUUUUCUACCGGGAAUCCUUCAUGAGACUAAUGGACGCGGUGUUGAUCUUGUUCUCAAUUCUUUGGCAGGGGAACUACUCCAUGCAUCAUGGGAAUGCGUUGCAAGUCGCGGGAAAAUGAUCGAGCUGGGAAAGCGGGAUAUCUACGCCAACGGAACAUUGAGCUUGAAGCCUUUCGGCAAAAAUCGAUCAUUCUUUGGUGUUGACCUCCUUGGAUUGAGCAAUGAUGCUCCUGACUACUCUCGCAACCUUUUCUCUCAGGCAAUUUCUUGGUUUGAGCAGGGCCAUAUCAGCCCUAUUCAGCCUGUGAAAGUUUUUGGCGCACAGGAAAUCAAAGACGCAUUCAGACAUAUGCAACAGGGAACCCAUAUGGGUAAAGUCCUGGUCGAGAUGCCACAGGAUCCUGAGAUGCUCGAAUGUCAAUUUGUCUCGCCAGUUUCCUUUUCCUCGCAGAAGGCCUACUUGUUAGUAGGCGGCCUGGGAGGUUUAGGUCGUUCAGUUUCCACAUGGAUGGUGGAAAAGGGAGCACGCCAUCUCGUAUAUCUGUCUCGUACUGCCGGAAAAUCGGAAGACGACCAAAACUUUCUUCAACAGCUGAAAGAACAAGGAUGUCAUCCAGUAUGUGUUCCAGGAUGCAUCUCAGAUAUGGUCGAUGUUCAGAAUGCAGUGGCAAAGUGUGCGAAGCCACUCGCAGGUGUGUUACAGAUGUCAUUGGCCAUGAGGGACGAAGCCUUUUGCCAAAUGAGUUUUGAUCAGUGGAAGUCUAGUCUCGCGCCCAAAGUGACUGGUACCUGGAACAUACAUCGGGCCGUUGACGGAAUCAACCUUGACUUCUUUGUUGUCUUCAGUUCGAUUAUUGGAAUCACUGGAAACCCAGGGCAGGCUAAUUACGCUGCUGCGAACACGUUCCUUGAUAGCUUCACCCAAUACCGACGAGAAAAAGGCCUUCCGUGCUCAUCGUUGGCUCUUGGGGGGGUAGAAGACGUGGGAUUUUUAAGUCGUGACCCAAAGCUUCUACAAAAUGCGCGCUCCGGCUUGGUACGUCUACUAAGUGAGCAUGACGUUAUGGAGGGACUUGAAACUGCUAUCAAUCAGUCGAAGAAAGGCAGUGCAGGUCCUACAAUUGUUGGACUGGGUAACACAAAACAUUCUUCGGAGCCAGGCGUCAGAAAACAGUGGCUCAAUGACCCGCGUUAUGCUCUCUAUUACAACAUAGAGACAAAGCAUGGUCAGCAGGUGGCUGUGUCGAACGACAAUCUGAAAGUCCUUCUAGCAAAGGUUGAACAAAACCCUGCCUUGCUAGAUGAACCCGACACCGAGAACAUCAUUCGCCAAGAGCUAGCGAAGUUGAUCACACAGCAUAUGCCAAAUGCUGCGGGGUUAGAUGACGCGGAUAAAGCUGAGAUUGCAAUUGAUUCACUCAUGUCCAUUGAGAUCAGGGGCUGGGCCCGACGGAACCUUGGGAUCGAGAUCAGUCUGGCCGAGAUUACGAAAGCAGGUACGGUUGGGAACCUUGGAGGUGUGGUCAUGGAGCAUCUUCGUGCGAAAUAUUGUGUAAAGCUGUAA